AUGACCGGUUUCGAUUCUGGUCGCUGUUGUAAAAAGUCCUCUUCACGGAGUAUUUCAAGCUUCUCGUCAUCCUUCAAUCUCUUGUUUCGGCGCUCCACACUCUUGACAUACUUCUUGUACUCACUGUUGGUGAUCUUGCGGAUGGCUUGUGUUGCCAACAGGAACAUGUUCUUGAUCUGUGUCUCCUUGCUCUCGCUCAAACCAGACUUUUGUCCCGUCAACCCCUGGACCCCCAAAUCAACAAACCUGGAAACCGUGUUGGUCCAUGUGAACACUGGGAAAUACCCGAGCUGUGUAGCUGCUGUAUCGAUCAAGUUGUUGUCGGAUCGAGAUUUGCCCAAUUUGUCACAUUCAACGACAAACACCCUUCUUGUUUCAACUUGGUCGUUCUCUGCUCAACGUGUUGGUUCAACACAAAUUCCUCCCUUACCAGACCCCCUGUGGUUCCUUUGA